AUGGGAGAGUACUACGACGAUCCCGAUGGCGAUGUGUCUGGUAAACUCACCUUCUAUCCCGACUACAUCCUGAACAUCCAUGUCAACCUCUAUGGCUGUGCCAUUUCUGUGAGCGGUGUGAAAUAUUCGCAGCUAAUCCAUGUAGGCAUGAUGAAUUACAAGUUCACUAUCUCUUAUGCUGGGACGGACCUCGCGAACCAGAUCAACGCAUGUAAGAGUUCUAAAAUUACCAUUAAAGAUUUUGACGAACCCUUGUUAUACACAUAUAGAACUAUUGAGCCCAAGAGGAACAGUAUAACUACCAGUUGGGGCCCGACCACAGGAUUGUUCUUCCAUGAGAACUGA